AUGACGUUGCUUAGUUUCUAUGCCAAACGCCGAAAUAAGAUCUUGCGCGCGUCCUACGUGGUCCUGCUCUUGUUAUCACUUCUCGGAGGAGGAGCCCAGAAAUCUCAGCGAAAGCUGGAAGGAAAGCGAAGUAGGGCUUUAACAAAGUUCUCGUGGAAUUCCAUCUCCAAGUCGUCGCUUCUGUCGGUAAUUGACCUUGUUAAGGUCAACGGAACGCGGAAGAUCACGGGAUUCCUGGCCUUGCAACUGGUGCUAUUGGUUACACGAGCGUUUCUAACCUUGAAGGUUGCUUCCUUAGACGGAAGGAUUGUGUCCACGCUUAUAUCCAGAAGGUUCAAGCAGUUUGCGUUUCUGAUUUGUGUUUGGAUGGGUAUUGGAAUUCCAGCCUCUCUGACAAAUUCGUUGCUGACUUGGUCUGAGCGGAUGCUUGGAAAGAAUAUUCGUCUCAAUCUCACAGAGAAGUUAUUAGAUGACUAUCUUCCGGAAUCUGGCAAUAGUACACUUUACCAACUGCUCAAUACCAGCAAAAACUCGGAUCCGGAUGAAGCCAUCAUCGAAGACCCCAACCAGCGCAUCACCACAAAUGUGGAACAAUUCUCUAAAGCUCUUGCCUCGCUGCCAUCACAGCUUCUGAAGCCAUCACUAGACCUGUUGCUCUGUGCAAAUCAACUUGCUUCAACAAGCGGAUCUUCAGCAGAGGGUGUGCUGCUGCUGGGAAUCAUUACUCACACUUCCACCAUUCUCCUGAAACAGUUCACGCCCAACUUCACCAAAUACUCCCAGAUGACGAACGAAUUGGAACACGGUUUUCAUUCUUCCCAUUCGAAUACCAUCACAAACUGCGAAGAAAUCGCAUUCUCGAGAGGACAUAGACGUGAACUCGACCACCUGGACACGAGGUACCUAGAACUGGAAAAGUUCAAACGGUUGGAGUACAGGAGGUUUGCCAUUUAUGACUUCACCAUGAGUUUUAUUGUGAAGUACUUCUGGGGUGCCUCGGGCUUACUGCUCUGCAGUAUUCCGAUCUUCACCAGAGCGCAUAUGUCGAACUACCAGAUUUCAGAACAUGACAUGAGAGACAUCUCAGCAAACUUCAUUACCAACAGAAGGCUAUUGCUAAGUGCAUCGUCGUCUUUGGGUCGGUUGAUCCAGAGCAAGAAGAAUGUGCAGAAUCUUGUUGGUUAUAGUGUCAAACUGGUGGAGUUCGAAAAUGCUCUUUCUGCAAUCAAUUCUAGAACAGACAGUUCCGCAGUCCAGAGUGUUGGUCCAGGAGUUGUUGCGAUUGGUGGUACAGCAAAGCCUCUAAUCAGCGGAUCUAACAUUUUGUACGGAGAUGAGGUGACAUUUGAUCACAUUCCACUGAUUACGCCUACGGGAAACACUUUGGUUGCAGACUUGUGCUUUUCGAUCAAAUCCGGUGACAACUUGCUGAUCACGGGUCCAAACGGUUGCGGCAAAUCUUCACUUUUCAGGAUCUUGGGUGGCUUAUGGAAAGUGGCUGAUCCGGGUAAACUUACCAUACCGUACUCCAAGGACGACCUGUUUUACCUUCCACAAAGGGCAUAUUUGACUAUAGGAACUCUAAAGGAGCAGAUCAUAUAUCCGGAUUCUAUAGAGACCUUCAACAGGAAGUCGUCUCGGUACCAGAGAGCCAACGGCACAGACUUAGUGAAGGAUGAGGCGUAUCUUGUCGAGCUUUUGAAAAUCGUGCAACUCGGUCAUCUAGUCGAUGACUGUGAGAAUAUCAUCAACGACAGUUUGGAGAAGCCACGAGACCUUGAGGACUCUGUGCCCGAAUCUCCGCUUGAUUUGAUCCGCAAGUGGCCUACGCUACUGUCCAUUGGAGAACAGCAAAGACUAGCUUUGGCUAGACUGUAUUACCAUCAGCCUAAGUUUGCAGUGCUCGACGAGUGUACUUCUUCCAUUUCCCCAGAACUCGAACAGGAGUGCUAUAGAUACGCUAUAGAGGAGCUCGGAAUUACUGUUAUUACUGUCUGCCAUCGCACUUCACUCUGGAAGUUUCAUCAAUACCUGCUUAACUUCGAUGGACAGGGCAAUGCCAAAUUCACCAGAUUUGAUCCGGAAUUGCGGUUGAAAUGGCAUGACGAAUUGAUAGACAUCGACUCGAGAUUGCACAAAAUGGAGGGUUUGAAGAAACAACUCGGUGACCUGGAGAGGCUAAAGGAAGGACAUACAACCAAACCUAAGAAACUGAUGUAUUUGUGA